AACCCAUCAUGAGCCCUUUAUCCAAAAGGGCGGGUUCCCGCGCUCUUCCUACGUCAUAACGGGAAGAGCCGCGCGAGAUACGGGUGCCGAUGAGGUCUGAAUGGACUAACGUUUUCAAUCGGGUGAAGAGCUAGAGUAAUGUUGAUUUUCACAUUAACAUGCUUGUGUAUUGUUGAGCCAAUGGGUUUUGCGGUCGCGCGUUAACUUCAAAUAAGUCACUUGGCCUGUCACGCUAAAUAUUACUAGACGCGAGUUCAGCCAGCUAGGUUAGCUAGAGAGCUAACGUAGCUAGUCAACAUUUAUGUUUGUGUUAAUUCAGCUGUGUCGGGGUCAGAAUACUACCAACUUUUUAUUCGUAUCCAACAGCUGAGAGGGGGUUUGUCUAACGCUAUUUGUUAAGGCUAUUUGUUUAGCUAAUCAAUAUGGGAGACUUGAAAUAUGAAUGCAGGCCGAAUUACCGAAGUUGUCUGGCUGGGUUAGCUAACUGGCUUUCUCGCGCUAGUCCGGUAAAUUAAGCGCGCUAGGUCGAUAAACUAAAGCCCACGCGCUCGAGCACUGGAGUGAAGAACUAACACGCGGUAAAUAUUCACACACUUUAGUAAAAAAUCUCAUUAGUGACGCAGUUAAUUCUGCAAAAAUACGAGAAUUUUUUUUUUUUUAAAUGUUGGGUACCAGUAGUCCUUAAAGUAAGACAUUUUAUACUUCGUGUUAGGAUUGCAAAAAUCGUCUUUGUUUAAGAUAAGACUUUUAAGAUCUAGGAUACCUCGUGUCUGUCCGUCUGUGCGGUGAUAUGAAUCGCCAGCCCUGUAAGCGCAGCUCCGCUCCCCCUGGCAGACUCUACUAUGCCUCUGGAGGAGGGACCCACUCCCAUUGCUGAAAACAUUGAUGUUGAAGAUGCUACGUCCAAAUGGUUUAUUUCUGAGUAUUUCAUGUAGAUGCAGACAGGAUGCAAACUGACAUGGAUAACAGGGUUACUAACCCUAACAGGUCCAGCAGGGAGGAACAGCCAGUUGCUGGUCCCUCAAACACGUCCCAGCGACAGGGCUUCUGCGGCUGCUGUCAGAUCCUCUAUAACAGCGUAGAGCAACACAUCCUAAGCACCAGACACAGGGAGGCGCUACGACGAACAAGGGCACAUGUGUCAUGUGGGAGCCUGAUGGAGCGAUUCCUCCAGGAUGUUCUCCAACACCAUCCUCAUCGCUACACUGACACACAGCCUACCCAUGCUGACUUGCCUUGCUUGAGCACCCUGCCGGUCCCAAGGGAAGAGCUGUCAGAGAUUUACUGUGGAUCAGACGAUGGUGGGGUCUCUGUUGGAACGCGAGAAGAGAUGCCAAGCUCUGAUGACGAAUCCUGCCAAACAGCACAACCUGAAGCCACUGUUAUCUCCUGGAGUAGGAGUCAGCAGCAAGCUCCUUCCCCGGCUGUGCGAAUGGGCAGAGGAGCAGCUACGAGUGCACAAACUGCUUUUGACACAGGGAAAGUAAGAGUGGAGCACCCUCCUCCAGAACAAAAUUUCCCCACACUGGGCUUCUUGCACAGGACUAGUGGCAAGUCUACACCAUGUAAACCACAUACAACGCAAUUACCACAUACAACUAAAGCAGAUCAUUGUCAAAUCCAACCUUCUGCACACCCCAGCAGCUCAAAGACUCCUCAUCAAAGACAUGAGUCUCCACAGCUUCAGCACAGGAAAGCACACAGGAAAACCAACCGGCACAGAGAAAGCAGUGAUUCCAACCCAGGUUCUCCUGCUUCACCUGACACAACGUACAUGACCUCAGAAGCCUUGUCUGAGCCACUGCAGCCAAGGGCAUGGACCACAGCAACAUCACCCUGGAAGGAGCCACACAGGAAGCAGAUGACCAGUGAGCAGUCGGACCAGAUACAAGAGGUGAUUGAAGAUGUUAUUGUGCGGCACUGCUAUGGCCACAGUCCCAUACCCAAGAGACAGGAUGAUCCCAAGAGACAGGAGGAUGAGGGCAGCUUCCACAUCAGCUUGCAGUCAAUAGGUGAGUCUAAGGACAGUGAGGAAUGGGACACUACAAUGCAGGUAGCGUUGGAGAAAAUCACAACUGAGGACAAAUAUCUAGCAUGCCUCACAGAUGUGCAUGUAAACCUUGAGGACCAAGAGUACGAAAACCAGCUGACUGCAGCCCUGAACACUGUGCCAGAAAUCAUGGAGGCAAAAGCUGUAAAGGCCAAAGAGAACACAGUUGAGGAUAUCAUACCAGACCUUCCUCACAUACCACAGUCUUUCAUCGGAAAGACGUGGGCGCAGGUAAUGUUUGAGGAUGACCUGAAGGUGGAGGGCAUGGUGAGAGAGUUCCGACAGGGGCGCUUUCUUUGCUAUUUUGACAGCGAGUCCCUGGCUAAGUUUGGGAAGCACUGCAGGAAAGGGAAAAAGUGCAAGAACCAAGAGAAGGUAGAUGAUGUAGAGUGUAAAGAUGUUCUGCCUCUUAUGGAGCACAAUGAGGAAGAUCCCAACCACUCACUUGUGUUCAGGAAGACCAGACAACGGAUAUAUCGGAUGGCGUCACGCUGCCAGGUGGUUAAGGUGAGUCACGGGACGCAAACGGCACCCCUGAGCUGCCCCGUGGUGCGCAGGAGAACAGUACCUGACACUGGUGCCAUGCAGAGUAGCAGUGAGCCUCAGAGAGACCCGAACCUUGAGCAAACCCCAGACAUGAAGACAAGGCUGUGUGCGCUCAAGCUUCCUGCAUCUUACUGCAGGAUUAUGACUCCUGUGCAGCCCAGAACAGUGGUUUAUGUUCUUUCUUCCCCAGAUGCAGGGCAAGGUACCUUUAAGCCCACUCCGAUUAAAAGAAUAGGCAGAAAACGGAAGUCAGGUGAUGAGGAAUAUGCCCUUAAAUACAAGUACAAGAAGACGCCUCUCAAAUAUUAUGACCCCCUGACCAACAGAAUCCUUAAAACUCCACCUAAAGGGAUGCCUUCAACCCCCACUACCAAAUGUCUUUCUCAUGUCCGGCAGUUAUUUCGUAGCCUAAGUCCAGACAUCAACAAGGAACACCAUGGUUCAACACAGAGACGGUCACCCCGAAGCUCUAGAAAGGGCGGGAGUGAGGGUAGCAUGGCAGAUCUUUGUGCUUCUACCUCUGGUUCCUGCCUGGACAAUGGAGGACCAUCAGAGCCUAGUUCAUCCAUGUCCAGCAGCAGAAAGGCCUUGUUUAGCCACUCUUCCAUCUCUAGUAGUAGUCGCUUCCUUCUAGGGCAGCUGAUGCCCACUGUCUCCCACACAGAUAGCUCCUCCAGAGCAUCUGCCCCACCCCUUGCAGACAGCAACCUCAGGGUGGCAGGCUGCGAUCGGGAACAGGAUCGUGGAGAGGCACACAUUGACCAACUACCAGUCAGCCGUCGCCUGCGUCGACAGGGAGUCGUGGAGAAACCCCUGACUCCACCAAAGAAGCCGUCAUCACCUGGCUACCGGUCCAAGCGGAAGUCAGCCAGGACCAGUUCAAGAGCAAAGCCUAACAGUCUUCUCCAGCAGAGGCUCAGCAGCCGUGGAGCUGCAGGUAGUAGAGUGUCCACCCGGAACCGCACUCCAACCAGAGCUUCACCUCGAUCUGCUAAACUGGCUGUGAAGCACCUGGAGGGACCCAGAACUAAAGCAGGUUUAGAGCUGAUAAAGUCUGCUGGAGAAUGACCAUGAUGUACAGAAAAACCAGCAUUUUAUCCUAGUCUCUUUUAUAUGUCUAACAGGAGCUGUAAAAGCAAAGAGCAAAAUGUGGUCUUUGUCUAUUGAAUGCUGUUACAUUUUUUUGCACAAUUGGAUUUCUAGGCGGAAGUCAUUUUUUGUCUGUUUUUCUUGUUUGUCAUAUGCAUUUUUUAAAAUGGUUAAGGGGAUAUUUUUUAAGUUUUUAAUGAAUAUUUUUGUCAAGUGCUUGAAUAAUCACUGUACAUUAAAGUUUAUUAUUUAAAGUUUAUUAUUUACA